CAGGUUGUUGGGUCGGGACAGCAAACGAAAGGGGAUUUAGUAACAAACAACGGCGGCCAUGUUGAGAGGAAUUUCUGCAGCUAAACUUCUCCCCUCUCAGCCCAGGGGUUUCUGUGCCUCCCCGGGGGCUCCCUGGCCUGACUGUGUGCCCCCCUCUUUUCUCCCUCUGCUCCCCCGCAGGAUGACAGUGAAACUGGGAGAGAGCAGCGGGGAGGAAGGGGUGAAAAAGCUGGGCAAGAGAGCAGGAGGAGAUGAGGAGUCCCUGGAAGAAGAAGGGGCAGGAGGAGGAGGAGAGGCAGCUCCAGGCAGCAGCAGCACAAAGAAAGAAGAGAAGAUCAUUAAUAGCAACACUACCAGCAGCCCCCCACCAAAUCCCAACUUGUCACCAGCCCCUGCCUCUCUCCAGCCCUCCCAGAGCCAGGACCAGCAUCAUUUUCUCAGGUCCAGCGUCAGACCUCAGAGCAAGAGAUUGAAGAAGGAUUCCCAGGCAUCCUCCUCGGUUGGCAGCAGCGCUGCCGGGAAAGGCAAAGCAGCAGAUAAUGGAGGGACUGCACCUGGUGGCACGUCAGGAAUUCCUCCCAGCAAUCCUGCUGGGAAUUCCAAGUCAGCGGCAAGGAACCUGGGCUCCUCGGCAGGAGAGAAGGAAGAAGGGAAGAAGGUCCGACGGCAGUGGGAGUCAUGGAGCACGGAAGACAAGAAUACUUUCUUUGAGGGACUGUAUGAGCAUGGGAAGGACUUUGAAGCUAUCCAGAGCAACAUUGCCUUGAAAUACAAGAAGAAAGGCAAACCAGCAAGCAUGGUGAAGAACAAGGAGCAGGUCCGGCAUUUUUACUACCGCACCUGGCACAAGAUCUCCAAGUAUAUUGACUUUGACAAUGUGUUUUCUCAAGGGCUGAAAAAAUCUUCCCUGGAGCUCUAUGGCUUAAUCUGCUAUGGGGAACUAAGAAAAAAGAUCGGAGGAUGUAUGGAUGACAAGAAUGCAGCUAAACUCAAUGAACUCAUUCAAGCCGGGGCUACAACUGUUCGUUACAAAGGCAGAAACCUGCGUAUCAAAGCUCCCAUGUGCAGGGCUUUGAAGAAACUCUGUGAUCCAGAUGGUGUGAGCGAUGAAGAGGACCAAAAGCCAGUACGACUUCCUCUCAAGGUCCCUGUGGAGCUGCAGCCACGGAAUAACCACGCAUGGGCUCGAGUACAGAGUCUUGCCCAGAACCCACGGCUUAGGAUGAUCGUGGAGUUACAUCGGAAGGUCUCCAGCCUCCUUGAAUUCCUGAAGCAGAAGUGGGCUCUCCAUGAAGUGCGGGUUCGUAAAACACUCGAAGAACAGCAACUUCAAGAUUCCAGAGACUCAGAAACAAGAGGCAGCUUCUCAGAGGAGAAAGUGAUGCUCCAUCUCUUUCCAGGGGAGAACUGUACCCUCACUCCACUGCCUGGGGUAGCCAGAGUGGUCCACUCCAAGGCCUUCUGUACCGUGCAUUGGCAGGAAACGGGCAAAUGCAAACAGAACACGAAAGACUCUCACUUACUGCCCCCCGCCCAAAUCCUUGGAAUACAGAGUGGUCAGGGGACAGCAAGGGGACAGAUGAAAUACCUGCGGGGAAUGGAAGGUAAGGGUACGGGAAGGGCAGAGAGCACAACAGAGCCCAGCAGAGCCUUACAGCCUGCAGCUGAAGUUUCUGCAAGCACUGAAGAUGGUGCCCCAGAGCCUGUCCUGGUGGAAGGAACUGCCUCGAAUCUCAGCAGCACUAAUUCCCUCCAGAAACCACCUUCUGGACUUCAGGAUCCAGGAGGGCACCAGGAAAAGCUGAGCUCAGUGGCCCCCUGUGUGGAGGGCAGGGAGGCCCUGGCUAGUGACCAGGCAGCUGUGCUACCCUCAUGCAGCACGGUGUGUGCUUGCAGCAAGAUCCCUGAUGUCGAGGAGCUCUCUCUGCUCGAUCCAUUCCCACGGUACAUGAAGUCCUGCCAGGACCUAAUCGUCCCAGAGAAAUGUUCUUGCACAGACAAACUGCAUGGGAAAGACUCUGCUUCAGCAUGUGGUAAUGCUUCUCCAGUGGUUUUUCCAAGCAGGAGGAGUGCAGAGACCUCUGACUCCUGUUCCCAGCUACUGAGAGGUGGUGUGGCUUCCCCUGGCAAUGGCAGAUGUGAAACUCAGGCUGGCCACAGUCAGGGCCAGCAGCUCGAUGCUUGUACCAAGGAUAUCAUGGAUGCAGUAAUGGAGGAUUCUCAAGAGAAGCUGGGCUCCUUGUUUCCACCUCAGGGACAAUCCAGUACAAAGACUCUCAAGGAUGACCCAAGUCGGCUCUCCCAACAAGUUAGAGAAGAAGGGUGGAGUCUGCGAACCUCUGAGAGCCUUACGCUGGCUGAAGUCUACCUCAUGAUGGGCAAACCGAACAAGCUGCAGCUGGAAUAUGACUGGUUGGCUGUCUUGGAGCCAGAAACCCAGGAUGCUAGAGAGCAAACAUCUGAGUCAAGUGCUGUCCCUGUAUGUCCUACCUUUCACAAGCAGAGACUCUUGAAUUGCCUUCUGAAACUCAUCUCUACUGAAGUCAAUCCCAAACCAACGCCCGAGAUGAGCUCCAUUGCCACGUCACCUAUAAAGCCUGCUCAGGAGGAGCAGUCCCUGACUCCCCCAGGAAAGGUGAUUGCCAUCAACGCCAGGAGUCCAGGCUGUUCACGGAAUCAGUCUGCCCUUCGCAACAAGGCUUUUUCUCCUGGUGCUGCUUCCAGCUCCUCAGGUUUGAGAAAUCUCCCUAGACCUCUCUUGGUGGCUAGUCCUUCAAGUUCUGUGAGCACUGAGGCCGACAGUGGACUGUUUGCAGUCCCUACAACCCUGCCCCCCAACAGCCGCCAUGGGAAGCUGUUCCUACCCAGCAAGGAAGCAGAGCUGACUUUCCGGCAGCACCUGGACACCAUCAGUAUGCAGUCGGACUUCUUCCUGCCAAAGCCCAGGAAGUUACGGAACAGGCACUUGCGGAAGCCACUGGUAGUACAGAGAACACUGCUCCCCAGGCCAUCUGGAAAUCCGUCCCAGCAUGUCUGUUCCUUUUCUAUCUUAUCCAACUCAUCCAUUACAGGGAGAGGUUCAUUUCGGCCAAUCCCAUCUGCACUGACUAAAGCUGCUGUUUCUCGUCCAAUUGUGCCCAAAGUUCUUCCAAAACAGGCCACCAGCCAUCUGUCUAGUGCUAUUGACUUGGCAGCGAAAAGUGCUGGCAUUAUCCCUGGUAGUCACGUGCCUGUCCUGGAUGCAGAUGGUUUGCCAGGAGUGUCUCCAUUGUCACCAGAUGCAGUGCCCACGGUGGUGACAGGGCAGGAGCCAGCAGUAGCACAUCAGAAUGGAGGCUCUAUCACCACUGUGGAGGGCUCAGGCCCGGGGUGCCGGGUGCCAUACAUCAGCUUGCCGACCCGGCCCGAGCAGGAUGGCUUCCAGGGUACAACAGUCCUUUCUCUGCCAGAACUGGCCAAGACUUCUCUCCAAAAUGGUCUGUCCACCCCUCCACUUCCCUCAUCAGAAGCUUCCAGUACUCAGCUCUCUCCUCCCAAUGUUUCUGCUCUCUUGGAUAUUUCCUUGCCUGGACCACCUGAAGAUGUGCUUUCCCAAGGGGAACCUGCCACUCAGAUCAGUGAUUCCAUCAUUGAAAUAGCCAUCAGCUCUGGCCAAUACAGUGAAGGUGUUUCUCUCUCUCCUGCAAAGCUGAAUGGCAGUGACAGCUCCAAAAGUCUUCCGUCCCCAUCCAGUAGUCCUCAGCAGAACUGGAUUGCGUCUCCCACCCAUGAUCCCCAGUGGUACCCCAAUGACUCCACAGAUUCCUCCCUCAGCAGCUUGUUCUCCAGUUUCAUCUCCCCGGAGAAGGGACGAAAAAUGUUACCAACUCCAGUUGGGAACACCAGUGGCACCUCCUUACUGGGACCCAGCCUGCUGGAUGGAAACUCACGGGACUCCUUUGUGUCACGUUCCCUGGCAGACGUGGCAGAGGUGGUGGAUUCCCAGCUGGCUUGCAUGAUGAAUGAGAACAGCAUAGAUUACAUAUCUCGGUUUAAUGACCUUGCCCAGGAGCUGUCAAUACCUGAGCCGACUCGCAGGGAGAUCCUGUUCGAUGGAGGAGGUGGUGGUCCCCCGACUGGGGAUCUGUCACAGUAAGGGAAUGACCAGCAGGCUGGUGCAGACUAUUCAGCUAAGUUGGAUCUUGCAGAGCUGGAACUUGAUGAGGGCAGCAGCUGAGGCUGAGUUAUCCCUGUUCUGAGUGCUUUUUUCUAACAGAGAAGCAUUGAUUUCAAAGGUCUUAAGAAGAACUUGCAAGUCUUGGAAUGUGCAAUAUGCUGGCAACAACAGAACAUGGAAUAACAUUACAGGAGACAAGUGUGUCCCUGUAUUAGUGAUGUAAGAUUGCAGGUUUGUGGGACAGUCCUGGAUUUGUACUUUGGAAUCACCUAAACAAGCAGCUCAAGUAGGGAUGGGAUUGCCACAAGCUCCUGUAUAUGAAUUAUUAUUUGCGUAAUGAUCAAAACGCCAUGCUUUUGGAUCCACGUGAAAGUUGUGGAGGAUGAAGGUGGGUAGGGGAACCAUUGUGUAUAUUGACACGUCCUAGUUGGCAGUCUUCUUACAUUCAAUCAAACUGAAGUUCUUGCACUCUGUCCAGGGCACUGCCACUCCUCGAUGCUGUCUUCUUACAGACCACUCUGUUCCUUUGGCUCUUUGAUCAUUCCAGCAGGGCUCACACCUAGUUGCUUGUUUGGUAGGGGAGCUCUGAUCUGCCCUCCUCCCAUGCUGCUUGGAUCCCCUGCUUUUAAACCCCAUCACAUCACAAUCAUCAUCAUCACUCUGACUGCACUCAUAUUCCUAAUCUUUGAGAUUCUUCAGCACAUUGCACAGUUCACCCUGUGAGUGGGAGAGUGCUUUAUUGCUCGCCAUGAAGAGCAAUUGCUUUUUAGGUCUGGAAACAUGGCCAAAGAGCUUACACUAGGAAAGCUGUGUCAUAAUUAUGUCUUGGCUUUGCUAGAAACAUGUAAAUAUUGUCGUCUUCACAAAACCUGAGGAUUUACCUGGGAGAGGAAAUAGGAAAGAAUAUUGUCAUGUGUAGGAACAAAUACUAGGUUAGUGCUAAAACAGUUGAGAUCAGUUUCAUAUCAUGAAGAGAAGUGUCAAGUCCUAGCUUAAUCCUUUAGUCCUUCCCUACUUCCUCUUUGUUCUGUGAACUCCGGGUGCUCUGUAGCACCUCAGCAUCAUUCUUCAUUACAGUCACUCCGAGGCAUGAGUGAGUCUGGCACUCCCUCUCUGAAAUCCCUGUGCAUUUAAUGUUGUGUUUUACUGUAGGAAAAACCCAGAUACUGAUUCCAGUGGGUUCAACAGGAUAGCAAGUUAAUAGUAAAUCGACAGUCAAUUUCUGGGGAGCUGAUUGUCCGUCAAUUCUAGCUUUUUAACUCAGGAGACUUUUCUUAUUCCCUUUCCUUUUCUUUCUUCUUUCUUCUUUCUUUUACUAUCCUGAGUAAGAAUACCCAUGUUUUGCCCCUUUUGUAAGCACUUGUCUGCUUCUCCAGUUAGAGGAUGUCCCUUAGCUGGUGUGAGUAGCUGAACAUUUUCAAGGGGCUGCUACUAUAUAUCUGUAUUAAUAAUGAAUAAACAAACCUUCUCCAUUCCGUAGGCUGUUAUCAUGGGUUCAUUUCCCAACUUGCACUGUACUUGGUGGAUGUAGUUCUGCCUGCCUUUAGCUACUUGUACAAGGCAUUUCUUUGACUGGGAGUCUCCUGUAACUUGCUCACAAUGGACUGACUCUGCUGUUCGCCCUUCACCCUGCUUUAGGCAGAUGAUUUUUAGCUGCUACGGAGUUGGCCUUGUGUUUUCUGUCGUUAGGAGAAAAUUGAACAAAUUUUCUGAUGCACACAGAGCCUUAUUUGAGAAUUUUGACAGAAUUAUCAGGUAAUCACAUAAACCUGUAAUAGAAAAGGUUGGAGGCUGUCACAGAAAUGAAUGCUGGGGCCUUUUUUGUUCUGAGCAUUCCCCCUUGGUAUGGAGAGGAGACCUAUUAAUCUGAAGAGUCAAGACCACUAAAACUUUUCAGUUUUACUUAGACUUUAACUGUGUUUGUUUUGGACUUUGUCAGAUUGUUCCUCUUGGUUUUGGGUUCCUCCAUUACUAAUGCUGAUUAUUCUAUAUGCUAUGUCUCCAAAAAUCC